AUGCUCUGGGUCAGAGGUCUUUAUCCACGGUCUUGGACCUGUUACGAUGUCAAGGCACUGGACAUUAAAGUCAUUAUUCGACAAGUUUCACCAGUGUUGCCAAACAACUACGAGGACUCAAGUCUACCUGUAAGCUGUUUUGUUGUGACGGUCCAAAAUGAUAGUGCUGACGAUCUUGAAGUGUCGAUUGCGUUCACAUUUCGUAAUGGCACCGGCAAUCGGCGAUGGGAGAAUGAGUCCGAAUGCACAUUUGCGAGAUUUACGGACGGCAAUGUGACUGGUGUAACGUUAGCCCAUACAAUUUCUCAACUGCCUUGCACUUACGGUCUAGCGACGUCUUCUGAUGCAUCUUCUCCAAGUCAAAUCUCAGUUUGCCAUAGGUUUGAUCCAUCAAAAUCGGGUAGCGCUGUAUGGGCGUCAUUGCUUGAAACUGGUGAUUUACCUGUUCAGGACAACGAGUGUCCUCCGGGCUGCUCCGAGUUAGCUGUAGGUAUCUGUAAUCGGUUCCAAGUGGCGGCGAAUAGCUCUCAGUCAAGGGACUUCGCGUUAUCUUGGGAUAUGCCUGAUGUUACAUUCGGUGCAUCGGCGCGGUGGUACAAGAGUUGUGGUUCGAAUUUGACGAUAACUGGUCCAAGAGCGAAACUCACUUAA